AGCUCCAGAGAAACCAGAGUAGCUCUGAGCAGUUCGCAAUGGCGGACUUAGAAACCAUGUUGGGCCCCGGAAGAAUGGGGAGUGUUUAUUCACCCAGGAAUGAUGAAGAACGCAAGAUAACACCAGGCCCUGCAAAGUCAGAGGAGGAUCGGAGAACCAAUGACGAUUCAGAAAGUGAGUCUUCGGAAUGUUCAGACAAGCACGCAUACGACUUCCCGGAAGCCGAUCCUCUCCUUUUUGCAGCAGCUGUGUUAGGCGACAACUCCCUAGUAACUAACGCCGAGACGUACAUUGAAGCCAUCAGAGAGUGGAGGACGUCAGAGGAAAAGAAUUUUCAGCAACAACUCGAAGAUAUUUGCAAAUCAGCAGUUACCACCGACGAGGGGACGGAACUUAUGGCCGUGGAGCUCGAGGGUCUCUUGUCUCGUGGCAACGACAUCGUUGAGAGGAUCAAGGCGGCACGGGCAGACUUGGAGAAAGAGAUUCAUGCCAUUACGCUUGCUGGAAAGUCUGAGGAAAUCAAGGCCGGGGAUUUUCAGACGCAGCUGACUGCCGCUCCCGAGGUGCCAUCGUUAACAGACCAGACUGAGGAAGUUAUAAGGCUGGAGCUCCGCUACACUGACUUGGCACGUAUGCACGUCAGCUGGGAGUGCGAGCAAAAGGCUGCCGAAGCUGAGCUGGAGAAAUUGGAAUCAGAUAUUGGACAGUACUGUUGCGAUAUUGCUGAGGCGUUGGAGGAAGUAACGAAGACAGAGAGGCGGUCAGCACUGUGCCGAGACCAGAAGUACAAGACGCACGACCGUGAUUUCGGUGACGACUCAAGGCUUUCCUCUCCAUCUAUAAGGGAAGGUGCCUCCGCCGAUGCUGACAUGUCUCAGUCAGAUCACUUGGACGAUGUGUCGACAGAAACGAAACGGUUUUUCAAUUCCGUUCUCAUGCAGUGUGCUGAAGUAAGUCUUGUGGAUCGCGUUUGGCUCGCUGUUAUCGAGACCACAGUAUUCGACCGUCGACGUCUCACCUCCCGGGCUCAGAUGCUGAAGUAG